AUGGUCGUUAAUAAUACUCCAAAAACAAGAGCAGCAGCACCACUGGACAGACACAUGGACUCGCUGGAACAUCCGAUGUUACAAUCUCAUGGCAAAGGAGCUCGAAGAAAAGCCAGAUUUAAAGGUUCAGAUGGCAGCACCUCCUCCGACACCACGACCAACAGCCUUGUUCGCCAGGGUUCGGCCGACUCCUACACCAGCCGUCCAUCAGACUCCGAUGUGUCCCUCGAGGAGGAUAAGGAGGCAGUGCGCAGAGAGGCAGAGCGACAGGCCCAGGCACAGAUCGACAAGGCCAAGACCAAACCAGUUGCAUUUGCUGUUCGCACAAAUGUCAACUACAGUCCGUGUCACGAUGAUGAUGUCCCCGUGCCCGGCAUGGCCGUCUCCUUUGAGGCUAAAGACUUCCUCCAUGUCAAAGAGAAAUUCAACAACGACUGGUGGAUAGGACGCCUGGUGAAGGAAGGCUGUGAAAUCGGUUUUAUCCCCAGUCCAGUGAAGCUUGAAAACACUCGUAUCCUCCUGGAGCAGAGAGCCAAACAGGGCAAGUUCCACUCCAGCAAAUUGGGAGCAAACUCAUCCUCUAGUUUAGGUGAAGUGGUUCCUAACUCACGGAAAUCUACUCCUCCUUCGUCUGCCAUUGACAUAGACGCCACAGACUUAGACCCCGAGGACAUUGAGCCUUCAGUCAACCUGCGCUCCCCUAAAGCCAGUCCAAACACUGUCAUGUCACCUCUAGCAAAAGAGAAACGAAUGCCCUUCUUUAAGAAGGCUGAACACAUUCCUCCGUACGACGUUGUGCCUUCUAUGCGGCCCGUGGUUCUGGUUGGACCGUCACUGAAGGGCUACGAGGUGACAGACAUGAUGCAAAAAGCACUGUUUGACUUUUUGAAACACAGAUUCGAGGGAAGAAUAUCAAUCACUCGCGUCACGGCGGACAUCUCUCUGGCCAAACGCUCAGUCCUGAACAAUCCCAGCAAGCACGCCAUCAUCGAACGCUCCAACACGCGAUCAAACUUGGCUGAAGUCCAGAGUGAGAUUGAGAGGAUUUUCGAACUGGCCCGGACGUUACAGCUGGUGGUUCUGGACGCUGACACCAUCAACCACCCGUCACAGCUGGGGAAGACUUCCCUCGCCCCCAUCAUCGUCUACGUCAAGAUCACCUCUCCCAAGGUGCUGCAGAGGCUCAUCAAGUCCAGAGGAAAGUCUCAGGCCAAACACCUCAACGUCCAGAUGGUGGCCGCUGACAAGCUGGCUCAGUGCCCUCCUGAGAUGUUUGACAUCAUCCUGGAUGAGAACCAGCUGGAGGAUGCAUGUGAGCACAUGGCUGAUUACCUGGAGGCCUACUGGAAAAGCACUCACCCCACCAGCUGCAACCCCCCCAACCCCGUGCUAACCAAGCUGCCCACAGCCACCCUGCCCUCCAGCCCGGCCCCGGUCUCCGGCGUGCAGGGCGGCAUUGCAGAGCAGAAAGGAGAUAAAGCGUUGGUGGAGAGAAAGGGCUCCCGAGAGGAUCACCAGCACCAUCAUCACCACCACCACCACCACCAACACCAGAGCCAGGACCAGGCUGAUGCCGACGCAGAGGCUGAGGGGGAGGGCAACGAGGAGGAGCGGCCUUUGAGGACCGAGGCCUCCAGGAGAGCCCAGCACAUCCACCACCGUUCGUCUUCCGCCAGGACUGAGCAACACAACCACCAUCACCACCACCACAACAGUCGAGGGCGGGGCCUCUCCCGCCAGGAGACUUUGGACUCGGAGACGCCCGAGAGCAGGGAGAGCCGAGAGAGCCGAGAGAGCAAGGACUCUGCUUAUAAUGAGCCUCGCACUCAGCUCCGCCACCAGGAAGAAGAGGAGGAGGAGGAGGAGGAGGAGGAGGAGGAGGAGGAGGAGGAAGAAGAAGAAGAAGAAGAGGAGGAUGAGGAUCUAGGGGAGGGGCACCCCCAGCAGCAACAGCGUUACGAGCCACUGCCCCACCGGGACCACAACCACCAUCACCACCACCACCAUCACCGUGGUGGGGCGGAGGAGGCCGGCCACGCAACGGGACACCACCGCUCUAAGGAGCGCGAGCAGGACCAUAACGAACGGAACAAGCAACGCUCGCACCACCACCGGCCGGCACGAGACCACCACCACCACUACUACGACCGGGACAGAGACAGGGACCGAGAGGGGGAGGUGGCUCCCAAAAAGAGGGGUGAGGCGGGGGAGUGGGCCAGAGACUCCUACAUCCACCAGUGACCGACCAAAUCCCUCCUGAAGCUCAUUCGGACUCUUAACCAUUCUGUUCUCCCAUCGUGCUGCUAUACCCUGAAAACCACAGCAUCCUAUUUAUGUACACUUCCUUUGUAAAUGCUGUUGCAACCUUUUUUCAACGGCAGGAUUUUGAUUACAUAGAUACAAAUAUAAAUAUAUAAAUAUAUGUAUGUGUGUAUCUAUGCAUAGACGUGGUUUAUGUGUGGAUAUGCAUGAAUAUUCUCAAAAUAUGCAUAUUUUAAACCUGUGUUUGAUAAAGCAUGACACAAAAGCAGGAUUUUUUUUCUGUACUGAGCUGUGCUUUCUGUGAUUAGCAUUUUUAUUUUUUUAAUUGUUUUUAUUAAGUUUGCUUGCUACCACUUGAAUAAUUUGUUCCUUCAGACUACUGCUAGGGUUGACUGCAACGGUUGACUAACCAAGUGAGUUUGAUGCUGUUUUUGCAGCAGUUCUUUGUUUAACAGAGUAGUUUUGUCAAUUUGGGAAAUACUCAUGUUCGCUGUCUUGCUGAAAGCCACCAGUUUAUUAGGUACAACUAUUCCAAAUAAUGCAGUCUAACACAACAGUCCUGCAAUACAUCCUACUGUAAUGACGGUUAUAAUGUUCAGAUUUUGUUUGAAUUGAAUUUUAUGAUAAAUUUUCAGACUGCAGUUUGCGGUGCUGUUGAAUUCUACUACGUUGUUAUACUUGUUAUACUGGAAGGUGUUUCUAUUAUUCUAUCCACCCCAUUUAUACAUAUGAUGGUAGUCUAAAUAACAGAAACAAGACUGUUGUAUUAGACUGCAUUAGUUUUUUUCUACCUGAUUAAAUGACAACUGAGUCUAGAUGAGAAGAUCAAAAACAUUGAAAAAUGAAGCUACAGCUAGCAGCCAGUUAGCUUAGCUGAGCUGGAAACAGGGAAUUGUCUGUAUAAAGUUUAAAAGAAAAAACAUCUUAAUUUCACAAACUAAUGCUUUAAAUAAAGUCUGUACAGAAAACUAAAUCUAAACACAACAAGUUGUGGUUUUACAGCAGGGUUUAACUUAAGCUAACUGGCUGCUAACACUAGCUGCAGGUUCAUAUUUUAAAAAGAUACUAAAGUUGUAUCAAUUUUCUCAUCUAACUCUCAGCCAGAAAGAAAAUUAGCAUAUUCCCCAAUGUGUCAGACUACGCCCUUAAUUUUAUGUUCAUCAUUUAUGGCUUAGUUCCUUUUUAAAAUUCUGCGUCCAUGACUUUAGACAUUUGGUUUUAACAUAUUUAAGCCUCGCUCGAGGUGCACCUUAGUCUUGCUUUCCAAGACAAACGAGUUCCACAAUAACUUCCUCUCUUACAUGCAGUACUGUUCUCUUUGUAUGGGUCCAGAAACAUUUUAUAACAUUGAUACACCCUUUAUUCCGCACUUUUACUGAUUCACGUUGGUUUCAAGUGAAAUUUGAUAUGACAUUGCAACUUUACCGUAGAUCUACAACCGAAACUCCAUAAAGGUUAAUCUUUUAUUAUGUCUGAUUCCCCUUUUUCUAAUGAAUGUUGAUUAAUUCCCACUUUAACUCCAAAGGAUAAAGAAUGUUCAUUUUAGGAUAUCUUCUUUAGUAUAGUAAAAGAUGCAUUUGCAACUCAAACAAUUCAAAAGUGUUUACCAGACAAGUUAGUUUUGUCUUCUACCAUUUGUUCACUCCCCUGACUAACUCAAUCUAUUAUAAGAGUCAAUGACGUUGGAUCCACUUUAAACCUUCGUGUAUUAAUUCAAGAUACUGAAAAUCUGAAUUGAGCCGACUCAAUGCCCCUCUCCGUUUACAAACCGACCCUGUCCCCUCACUUUCUUUUUGAUUUUGCCUGACAGUUGUAAUUAUUAAAACCAAGACUCCAUUUCUAUGCUACAUUGGUAGCACUACAGAUUUUCUAACUGUGUACAUGUGUUAUGUACAUAAUGCAUAAAUAUAAAGAAUAAAGUUGGCGACAAAGAACUGAUCCCGAGGGAGAAGGAUUUGAUGUGUGCUUUGUCAGAAGACCCAGACAAGAGGAGGAGAGCGGGUGUCUAUAAAUAGUCAUCUGAAACUCUGCUGAAAAAUUGAGGUAGACUCA